AGCGCGGGAUCCGCACUAUGAAGUGACGUAUCUUUACCAGGUGGUGGCAGUAACGCUCCGCCAAAAACCUCUACGAAGAAGAAGUCCUGCUCUAGGGUUUGUUUGUACGGCCAACCGCCAAUAAAUACUGAUAAAAAGAAGAAGAAGAAGAAGUCCUGCUGUCUUAUUAGUUCAAUAGACGAUCUUGGGUCACGCUGAUGUAUCGUUUGGAUUUUUAAGCUCAGCGGUGCAACAUGCAUCCUAUCGUUCGACUAGGAACACCAGCUUUAGUCAUUACAUGAGACAAAGUAGGUACGAACAUAGAAUAACAAGAUUCCUAUGAGUUCAUAAAAGUAUUUUAUCCUCCGGGCAGUUCUUAGAGCACAUGACAACAGUUUAGCAGUUUAAUUGAGUCGGUCUGGGUUGCUAAGCUAACACGAAGUGAACAUUGUAGCGGUAAACUGAAGUAUUAGGGCUGAGAGUGGACAGUUUCAUUUCCUGUAAAGUGACUGAGGAUGAUAUGAUGGCUGUGGGGGAUCCCAUUCUCCUGUCAAGUCCUGAUACCUUAGUGUGAACAAUCUGGUGCAGCCACAUUUCUUCCCGCAGCAGUAUAUGAGAAAAUGACGGAAAAACACCUUCCUCCUGAUGAACCAGAGACUUAAGAUUCAGCUUGAAUUACGUACACUUCACACCUGAAAAUAUCUAAACCUGCAGCACAACCACAAGUCAAUGUUUUCCUGCUUACCUCCAGCCCAGAUGAGAGGCCCAGACAUUUGCCAUGGAAGUAGUGGUUACUGUUGGUCUGGCUUUAUCAAGAACUGGUUAUCUGUUUAGUUGGAGUUGACCUUGAAAAUCACCAACUUUGGGUCAGCAACAGGAGGAGGAGCUUUCAGCCAUUCAUGUAUUAGUUUUCUCAACUGUCAAAUUGUUUACUGUGAUCACCCAAAACUGCCACAAAACCAGCCUUUAGAAAUAAGGACGACAUCGCUGGUUUUUACCAUGCCAACCAACCAGUCCUCCCCCUGGGGUGGAGGGAAGCUUGCGGCUUGUUCUAGUGCAGAUCAUCCCAACACCACAACCCCUGUAAGUGCACAAGCCAAGACAGUUAGAGCCACAAAAGUGCCUUAUAGUUAUGUCUCCUUUGAGCUAUCCAGGAAAAAUGACCAAGCCAAGUCACCGGUGGUUGCUGUUUGUGAAAAAGGCGAUGGCACCUUCACCACUGUGUCAGAUGGAAUUCUAACCCCAAACAAACUGCUGGUACCAGGGCUGAAGCAGACUGGCUGCAGCCUAACACAGGCCAGUAACAAGAUGGAAAACCAGGUUGGCCUUAAUGUCCAGCUGCCAGAUACCAUGCCAAAAUCUACAUCGUCUGAGAGCUCUCAGUCUGCAAACAUUUCAGCAGUGGAGAGUCAUCAGGCUGCCACAGGCGAUGCACUUAUGGGACUGGGGGCAGUGUCUCAUCAAGAUCUGCUGAUUAUAGGGAAGCAGGCUUCCCAGCACACCAAGAAGCUGACGUGUGAGGCUGCAGACUGUUUCUCUUUGCCACCUGUGCCUGAUAUGUGCCUUAGUCUUUGUCAACAUCAGGGGCCAGCUGUGGAGAAGGAUGCUUUCAGCCUCGACAGCACAAACGCUGAGAUUAGAAGCACAGGAGGAGAAGCAAAACCUACACAGAGGAGUUAUUCAAUCCCACCAGCAGCAAAAUACGGAGCCUUGGUGGGCUCAAUGACCAAUCAGAUUUCAGCCAUUCACCUCACAAGACAGGGACAGCCAGCCUCCACAUCAGAUUUCUUUCCAUCCCUUUCCUCUCCUUCACCGACACGGGAAUCCCUGCUUGAAGAGACUCCCCCUCCGCCUGGCCCAGAGCAUGCUGCACAGGCGGGUGUAGAAGAAGAGGAGCUGGCUGAUGAGCUUGCCUGCAGUGAUGACGACAGCUCCUCCAUCACUGGCACUUCAUCCGGAGGGUGCAUCACUCUCCCCUCCUGCUUACCUGUCAUCACUGGAAGAAGAUCUCUGCUUCCUAUGACUGUCACCAUCGAGGAGCCAAUGUCGUUGGAACCAGGAGACAGUCAAGAGGAGCAACCAGCACUAGUUCCCAGUCUGUUUCCCCGUAUCCCUCCGACCCUCUACUUCAGCACCGCCAAUGAGAAAGUGGAACUGCUUCCUGCAGAGCAAAGGCGACUGUUAAAAUGGAAGAUGAGCACCGUAACUCCUAAUAUUGUCAAGCAAACCAUCGGCAGAUCACACUUCAGAGUCACAAAGAAAAGCCAUGACUGGCUGGGCUGCUGGGGACACCACAUGAAGUCUCCUGGCUUCAAAGCUCUUGGAGAACACCAGAAGCUGAACCAUUUUCCAGGAACAUUUCAGAUUGGGAGAAAGGACCGGCUGUGGAGGAACCUAUCCAAGAUGCAAGUCCGCUUCGGCAAACAAGAGUUCAGUUUUUUCCCCCAGACCUUUGUUCUUCCUCAAGACAUCAAGCUGCUCCGCAAAGCCUGGGAGGAAGGGGGCGCCAAACAAAAAUGGAUCAUCAAACCUCCCGCAUCAGCCAGAGGAAUAGGCAUUCAGGUUAUCCACAAGUGGAGUCAGAUGCCUCGUAAAAGACCUCUACUUGUUCAGAAGUAUCUAGAUAAGCCCUACCUCAUCAGUGGGAACAAGUUUGACUUGCGUCUCUACGUCUAUGUGACAUCUUACAACCCACUCAGAGUCUACAUGUUCUCAGACGGACUGGUUCGAUUUGCUAGCUGCAAGUAUUCGUCUUCCAUGAAGACUCUGAGUAAUAAGUUCAUGCACCUGACCAACUACAGUGUCAACAAGAAGAACUCUGAGUACCAGACCAACAGUGAUUACAAGGCCUGCCAGGGGCACAAAUGGGCUCUGAAGGCCUUGUGGCAGUACCUCGGGUCAAAGGGAGUCAAUACCACCCUGAUAUGGGAGAAGAUUAAAGACAUCGUGAUCAAAACUAUCAUAGCGUCAGAGCCGUAUGUUAACAGCCUGAUGAAGCUGCACGUUCGGACACCUUACAGCUGCCACGAGCUGUUUGGCUUCGACAUCCUGCUGGACGAGAAUCUCAAACCCUGGAUUCUAGAAGUGAACAUAUCGCCUAGCCUUCACUCCAACACGGGGCUCGAUGUUUCCAUAAAGGGUCAGAUGAUCAAAGAUCUCCUGAACUUGGCUGGCUUUCGUAUUCCUUCAAGAGAAGAUGUGGUUACCCCCUGCAGCAGUGCAUCCAGCUCCACCAGCAGUUUGUGUGCAGGGAAUGGAGAGAGGCCCAAAGUGGAUCUGUCUGCUGAUGAGAAGGUCAAAAGAGCCUUUUAUCUGAAACAGGGUGAAGCUAACCGGGACUUGAUGCACACGGUGUUGGAUGUUUUGACUCCAGAGGAAAUCCGGGUUCUGGCAGAGAGUGAAGAUGAGCUGAACCGUCGAGGAGAGUUCGAGCGCGUUUUCCCAUCACCAUCAUCAUCUCGCUACCUUCGCUUCUUUGAGUGUCCAAGAUACCUCAACAUCUUACUGGAUGAGUGGGAGCAGAAGUACUGGAACAACAGGGCGAAAUGUAUCAGCCUACUGAGACCUCUCUGCCAGCAAGGAGUCCAUCUGGGAACCAGUGACCCUGCUCACAUGUGGUGUAAGUACAGCUCCAGCUCCAGGUUUGAACACAACAGACAGGACGUGGUUAGCCCUUCCAGAGCCAGGGUGGUGGUCAGCCAUCAGCUCUGGUCUCAACGCAACAGCAGUAUUGACGAGGAUCACCAGCAGUGCCUGGAUCACCAGCAGUGCCUCGGCCCGGCCUCACCCACAGCCUGCUGUCCCAGCAGUCGGCCUAACUCUGAUGAUCUGAUUUCCUAACCCAGAAUACACUGAAAGCUCAGGGUCUGUUUCUUCCCAUCCUCUAACCAGUGCUGUCAUUUAGCCCUCACUAAUCACCAGAAACAGCAAACAAACUGUUGGAGGGAGUGGAUUUUUAGGGUUUAACCCCCUAUUUUGUCUCGUUUUAAACUAAAGAUUAAUAAUAUAUCAUUUGUUAAGCAUCUCGAAGGUGAGGUAAUGAGUAAUGGAACAGCACUGUAAUUCUUGUGUCUUUAAAAAUGACUGUUGGUUUUUAAAAAGAGCCUCGAACAUCUGUGUGGGACUGGGAGCUGUUUGUGUGUCACUGCUAACUUUGGGGGUUUCUCUGGGUGAAGGUGUUACUGGGUGUUUGACAGAAUCUUCUUCUGAUGAUAGUGACUUACAGGGUCUUGCUUGAUGAUCAAAUAUUUACUAAAUGGCCUAUGAUGUGCAAAUUGAUGGUAUUAAAAUUUGAGCAGUUUGACUUGAA